AUGAAACGCCACAAUCCUAAAGACAGCACCCUGAGAUUUGUUAAUAGACAAGAUGACAUUACUCUUGAUGAUGAUCCCAAUAUCCAGAGGUUAGAAAUGUCUUGUGGCCAUGCUGUCUCACCUUUAUCCCUCACAGCCUACUGUCGCAGUCUUCUGGAUCAGGGUCAGUACAAGUUCCUGUGUCCAGCUUUAAAACAGGGAAUUGAGAAAUGUGGGGCUGUGUGGCCAUACAUGGAAGUGCGGAGGAUUGCUUUACUGACUCAAGAAGAACAGAACCACUUUGAAGAGACAAUGGCACAACUGGCAUCAGCUAAGUACUGUGAAUACAACCCAUGCCCUGGGUGCAGUUCAUAUGUUGAGAGGCUGGAUUUGACCAACCUGUGUGUACUCUGCACCAUUUGUACAUCAGAUACUAGUGAGAGGUAUGAGUUCUGCUGGCAAUGUCUGAAGAUGUGGAAAGGGCCAGCUCCCCGCUCAGACAAGUGUGACAACAGUGGCUGCGUUAACCCAAAACUUGAGAAGCUGUCAAAAUGCGAGGAUAUAAUUCUUCCUCAGGUUGAAAAUAUAAAAUGCCCUGCAUUGAGAGCUUGUCCUACAUGUGGAAACCUGGUAGAGCAUGACACCACAGGCUGUAAGAAUAUAAUAUGUAAUCGCUGCCAUAUUGAAUUCUGCUUUUCUUGUCUGAGGAUUACUGAAGAUUGUCUAGAAACGAGCUCAUACUUCAUACCUUGCUUAGAUGGUGUAGCACCUCGCCAAACAUCCAUUCCCACCUGGCAAAAGUAAUUGAAAUGUUCGCAUAAUAUAAAAAGCAAAAUCACAGUUUCUGUUUAGUUUAUUGGCCUGACAUCCGUAGUAGAAAUAAUAUCAAUGGGUGAAUGAGGACAGUUGCAAAUGUUGGGGGAAGUUCUCUCUAGUCUGAAGCAGGCAGACAAAUCCAAUUGGUAAGCAAAGUCAUAAUCUGGAGUCAGGUAAAGUUCAUGCAAAGCACCUACAACAGAGUUGAGUUAAACAUUCUUUAUACACCUAUAACCACUAAGACGUUUGUCUUAUUCAGAUAAAUGAAAUUCCGAUUAUAUUAAACAUUUUGCUUUUUGAGCUAAAACAAAUUAAAACCACAAAUACUGCAUACUGUAUGUCUUUAUUGUUAUUAGUAUGUUAAGAUAGUGUUAGACUGAGCUUUCUGAUCAUACAUGUAAUAAUAGAUUAAGAUACUAAAAGAUUUUUCUUAUAGCAGACUUUACUUUUGUUUUAAGAUGUAAUAUUUCAUUAGUGAAGAAUAAUUAAUAGGGAUUUUAUACAAAACCAGUUAGAACAGGAAAGCUGUUUACUACCAAAGUCAUCAGACUCACAAAUGCAAGGCCUAGCCAUACAGUAACAUUUGGAGAAGGUUCAUAUAAAUGGUGCCUGAUUAAAUUAGUACAAAUUGACCAGUUUAAUAUAACUUUUUUUUACAGUUUUUAUUUCCUGGUACAUUAAAUAUUUUUUCUAUGAGCUAAUACAAUGUAAAGAGGUGACACACUCAAAAAUUUUUACACUUUCAGUUUUGCUUUGCCACACCUUUUACAGUAAUCAGCCCCUUACAGUAAACACCAGCUUUGGAAUUUACCUCAGUCACAUGAUAUAAAGUUUCUGUCAUUUAAUAGGUGUGAUUAAAAAGAAAAUAUGAUUAAUUAACUAAGUAGAACAAUAAUGAACACAUCGUUAAAAUUGUGUUUACUUAAAGUAAUAUUGUGAAGGAAACCAAACAAAAUAAAUUAAACAGCUUUUUGUGUAUUGUGUAUCUGUAUUUGUGGUCAAUAUAUAAAACUGUAUAAUCAUGCUUAUUAAGUGAAUUAAUGUAUAACAAUCAUUUACUCAAUUGUCAUUUAUUAAAACAUUUGUUCUGUGUGCAUUAUAAUA